AUGUUAUUAUGUCCAAAUUAUGAUUGUUUUCAUAGGUGUAAGAAUGAUAAGAGUGAACAACCACCAUUAAUAAUGAAAAAGAGAUAUUUUCAACCAAGUAAUGAAUUGGAACAUUCUGAAAGUAAAACAGCAUUUUAUAGGUGGCCACAUGUCUUGAUUAUCCUUUCAACGAUAACUGUAGAUAGUGCAGAUCUGGGCCUAAUUAGUACUAGUCUCACAUCAUUAUCAUCAAACUAUUAUCAAUAA